AAUUUAUGUGUAAGGCAGUUUAAUAGUACGUAUUUAUAAAGAAUAAGAAAAUGGGAAAUGGAUCUAGUAUACCUUCUACAGGAAUUAAUAUCCAUAGUAAAAUUACAAAGAAACUUUUUGAAACUGGUAAAUCAAAACUACAUCAAUCUUGCCAAUCCUUUAAACAGUUCACACGUAAUUCAGAAGACAAUAGUAAUGAUAUUAACGAUGAAAAAUGGGUUAAUUCAAUUGAUCAAACCAUAAAAAAUUAUCAAGUCGAAAGUUUCUAUUACGAUGAAGAUUAUCUAGAUAAAGUUGAAGACGAUGAUAAUGAAGAACAUAUAAUAAAUAAUGAAACACAAAGUUUCAAAUUGGAACAAAAUAAACUUAAGGUAAACAAUACCGUGGAAGGAGAGGAAUCUUAUGAUACUUUAAAUAACAAUGAUAAUUCAUGUGAGUAUAAAGAAGCAAAUGAUUACAAACUAUUUCUUCAAUGUGAUAAACAAUUUGAUGAAAGUCUAAAAGACAACAUGAGUGAAAAUUCGAAUAAAACGAUACUUAGCGACUUAAACAAUAGUUGUACAAUAGAAUAUUUCAAAACACUAGAAUAUCCAAGUAUACUACAAAAUGAUUCAUCUCUAUCCACAACAUCAAUUGAUUCACUUCAUACUAAAUCUAUUUCGUAUAAUAAACAAAAAUUUCAAGAACAACAUAAUACUACUAACAUUCAAGAUUCAAUCAGUUGUUUAACAUCUCCAAUUGAUAAAUUUGAAAUAGAUUCCGUUCUAAUGAUUCAGUCAUCCAAUAUAAAUAAUGGUCAAUCACAAUCAAACUUUACACCAUUAGUUGAUAAUGUCCAAAGUUAUUUAAAUUCAUUAAAACACAAUGUAUAUGUACAAUGUAAUAUGAAUUGUGAACACUUGAACAAACUUCAGCACCAAGAAAAUGAAGUUAAUGAUAUAGACAAACAUUUAAGUGUAAAAUUCGAGGUAUCCAAGUGGAGAACUAUGAAAAAUAAGAAUAAAUAUUACGAAAUAAUGAAAUUAUCAGAAAAAAUUCCUACUAUCUCUAUGAAUAAUAGUAAAAUGAUAGAUUUUACAAAGCAUGAUAGAACUACUUGCUCAGAAAUCAAUCAUUACAAAGAAGAAUAUUUAUCCUUAAAUAAUGUCCAAUUUGACCAAACAUACCAUGAAAAGUUUCAGCUGCAAUCAGGUAAUGAUCCAUUUGAUCUAGAUAAAACUAAACACAUUUAUAGAGAAAAUGAUUUCAAUGAGGAAUAUAAUAGACAUGAUCAAAUUAAUCAUAGAAACUUAAUGGAUACACCUUUACAAAAUAAUGAUGAAUACGAAAUUAUGUCUUUUAAUCAUGAAUUGAAUUAUCAAUCAGAAGGACCAAUUAGUAUUGAUAUUAAUAAAGAUGGAUAUAUCUAUACACCAAUUGUAAUGGAAAAACUGGAUAGCUCUACAAUUAACACAACUGAUACAAUCCAAUCAACUCAAACUGUAAAAAGAUGUAUGAAAACAACUAAAUCAUAUUUUAUUGGACAAGUUUUAACAAAAGAUACUAGUGAAAUUAAAAUGAAUAAAUAUAUAGAUAAUAAAGAUAUGAUCGAGAAAGAUAAUAUCUUAGACAAUUAUAAAAAAUCAUUGUUAGUAGACAAUGAACUUUCAAAUCAAUCCACUGUGACUAAAACAAUUGGUGAAUGUACCACCGAAUUUCAUAGGCCAAUAUAUGUUCACGUAGUAAACAGUUUACAUCAUGACUAACAUGAUACAUUUCAAUUUCUAAAUUUGGAUGAUAUAGAC